UCAAAACAAAACAUCCGUCAAAUUGUUACCUGAUGCCGGUGCUGUUUUGAAACUUGCUCCUCGUUUUACCGAACUAGUUUUACAAUUUUAUCAAAUUAUCCCCGUCAAGAAAUUAGUGAAGUACGUCAUUGGAUGUAGAAUAUGUUCAAGAAUACAUUCCAGUCCGGUUUCCUGUCGAUUCUCUACAGUAUCGGCAGCAAACCGCUUCAGAUAUUCGACAAGCGAGUUCGCAAUGGACACAUCAAGCGGAUCACGGACAACGACAUCCAGAGCUUGGUCCUAGAAAUUGUGAGCACGAAUGUCAGCACCACGUACAUAACGUGCCCGGCUGACCCGAAGAACACCCUCGGCAUAAAGUUACCGUAUUUAGUCAUGAUCAUCAAAAAUUUGAACAAGUAUUUCACUUUCGAAGUUCAGAUUCUCGACGACAAAAACGUCCGCCGCCGCUUCCGGGCAAGCAAUUAUCAGUCGACGACACGGGUUAAGCCCUUCAUAUGCACAAUGCCCAUGCGGCUGGAGGAAGGAUGGAACCAGAUCCAGUUCAACCUGGCAGACUUCACCCGACGGGCAUACGGAACGAACUACGUGGAGACGCUGCGGGUGCAGAUCCACGCCAACUGCAGAAUACGCCGCGUCUACUUCUCGGAUCGACUGUACUCCGAGGACGAACUGCCGCCAGAGUUCAAGCUUUUCCUGCCAAUUCAAAAGCACCCGUCGAAGACAGCGCUAGCGUGCGGAGUGACGACCUGAGGGUGGAUAGGAGGGAUCGGAGCUAAGUCGUUCGAUUAUGGUAUUCUCACCCGGCAGAGUAGCUUUAGGUGACUGAAGUCGAGAUCUUGUAAGUUAGACAUAGAAAAUUUUUAUUUAAAUAAAUCUGCGAUAAUUAAA